CGGGCGGGCGCUCUCCGCGUCUCCCCGUUAAUGCCAGCCCCGCUCGCCGCCGACCCUCGGGCCUGAGGCAGCCAAGGGACGGGGCGGGGGGGACCAUGGAGCUUGGCUCAGCGGGGGCGCAGCGCCGCGCCUGAGGCUGGGUCGCGCCUCCGGUAGCGCCAUGGACAGCCGGUGCUAUGGAUGCGCGUCCAAGUUUUCUGUCUUCAAGAAAGAGUGUGGCUGCAAGAACUGCGGACGGUCCUUCUGCUCGGCCUGCCGGAGCUUCACUGCUGUUGUUCCCCGCUGUGGAAACACGCAGCAAAAGGUGUGCAAGCAGUGUCACGAAAAACUAACUGGAGAGGGAUCUCAAAGCAGUUCAGCAAAAUGGUCACCACCAGAAAACUACAAAAAGCGUGUAGCAGCUUUUGAGGCUAAACAAAACCAGCUGAAAGAGCAACAGAAAGCAGCUGCAAAACCAUCAGGUCAAGCAGGCUCCAGAUACCAGGGGCUCUCAAAAGAGGAUAGAGCUAUUGCAGAGAGACUGGAGAGGCUCAGGGAAGAAAGGAAACCGAAGUCCAUCCCUACCCAGGCUGAGAUUGAAGCUAGGCUGGCUGCCCUGAAGGAGGAUGGCCGGGGACCUGUUCCAUCCACAAAGGAGAUGGAGGAUCGGUUGGCUGUCCUGCAGGGGAGAGAUCCUCCUUCCCAGGCUCGCCGACCUGUACACCAGCCUCCUGAUACCAGAAGUCUGGUCCAGCAGACAGAUGACCUGUUAACUCAACUGUCUGAGGAAGUUGCCAUUGAUGAGCAUUACAGACCAAGAGUUCAGCCUCAAGCUGUUAGUAGCCAAAGUUUGAAUGAUCUCAAUCGGGAAAGUGAAGAUUGUGUUUGCCCUGCAAAUCUGGACCCAAAACAGAUAGAAGAAGAGAAGAACAAACUUCUGGCAGAAGCUGCUGCUGAGCUGCAGGAAGAGAAUACUAGGCAGGAGAAGAUCUUACAGGUAGCCAAGAGACUGGCAGCACUCAAAGGCGAGGACCCAGAGAAAGUUACACUGGAAAACUAUAAACUUCCUGACAGUGAUGAGGAAGUGACUGAGGAGGAAGCCAUUCGCAGAGUGCUAAAACAGCUCACAGAGGAAGCAGCCCUGGAUGAAGCAAGUGGAUUCAACAUUCCUCCAGAUCAGACCACCCAACCAGGACCUUCACAACAGAACCUGUGUAAGAAAGCAAAGCAAAAGAGCCAGACUCCAACCACCACAGCUCUUGCCAGGGCAGAUAGUGAUGAGGAUGAGUUACCCUGGUGCUGUAUCUGCAACGAAGAUGCCACUUUGCGCUGCCAUGGCUGUGAUGGGGACCUCUACUGCCAGCGCUGUUUUCGGGAAGGCCAUGAUGAGUUUGACCUGAUGGACCACCACACCUCCCGCUAUCAUCUUCCUUGCAAGAAGUGAUCACGUUCUUCAUGGGCAGAAAAGGAGCUGGAGAAUGGGAAAACAGAGGAGCAGGCCAGAUGGGAGGAAGAAUCCAAGUGGAUUUGCAGCCAAAACGGGUGAUGUUUUGGACAGUUAAAGGAUGUGCUGUAAUCCGAGAGAGGCUUGGAGGGCGUAUGACUUUGUCCUCACAAAUACACCAGAGAAGUGCAGGGUUUGCUGUGCAUGCUUGGGAAUAAAUGAGGAGAUGGAUAUGAGUCGAUAAAUACAGAUGGUAAGGCAAUGUGGGUUGCAGUAAAGAUGAGUGUUUAAGGCAGUUACUGGCUGAUAAGUAACUUCCUGCUUUUGCUAACAGCUUACACACUGGUUCAACAGGCAGCAAAGCACUGAGAAAACUGUCUACUUUGUGAUCAUGUGUGUGAUGAGAACUUUCAAAUUGUAAUAAAAAUUAUUUACAGAGGCCUGUGGUUAAAGUCUCUCCUGGAAACGCCUGAUAGCCCUUUUACAAAUUGUUGCCUUCUUAUAAUGGUAUGUUAGUCCUUGAGCCAAGUGGCGUAGGGAAAGAAAUGAAGAAUCAGGAAGUCAUCAGAAGUGUUUCUGUGGUGUGUCUGGAAAAGGUGCAGGGGCGACUCUGCCUUGAUGGGCAGUGUUGCUCACUUGAAGGAUCCUUUUUAAAGGUAAUCUGCUACUGAUACAUAGUGUUGUGAUCUGCACUGGCUGUGCCAACGUCAUGUGGUCUGUAAGACCAACCUAUCAGUCUAGAAGAGUUCUGCAUUAGUCUGAAAAUAGGAUUUAGCUUUGUUAAUUAUUUGUUCCCCUGGUAGGAUAAUUAUGUUACCCAUGUUAUACUCUUUCUCUGGCUGUGAGAGAAGCUCAGUUGCAUAUGUUCAUAUCCCUUCCUGGAGACAAUCCAGAUGCAAGUGGCACUUGGCAGUGUCCAGAGCACCCAGAACUGCUCCAAAUACCCAACUAAACUUGCUGUAAACGUGCUUUAUUAUUCCAUCAGGAUGAGCCCUUUCCAGAGUAAUGUGAACUUCUGGGAGAGCUCUCUAAGGCUGACAAAUUCCAAUAGCAACAAAAUAAAGGAUUUGCCUUUGACAGGGAAUUUCCAAUGAAUCUUGCCUGUCUGGUUUGACUCUGCCACUCCCAGUUGUCUGCCCUGCCCCUGUGCUUAAGGUCACUGCCUCCAAGGUGAACUUACAAAACAGUGUUUGCUGCACCUCUGUCACCCUUGGUCAGAGCGCAGCAAAUAAAUUAAACUGCUGUUGAAGCUGGGUUUGUCCUAACGUGCUGCACUGGCUCAGGCCCUUCAACAGAAACCUGAUUCAGACAAUGUAGAAUAGUAAUACUGCAGGGAAACACACUAAAAAUUGAAAACGUAUGCAGCAGUGCCGUCAAAGCUUUUUGUUAGGAAAGAGUGGCAAAGCCUUGUGUCUAUGGAGGAUCUUCUUUCUCCUGGCAGUCCUUGCUUCACCAGUGCCUGUCUCUUUGGGACAGGUACAUGGGAAAACGAGUUGUUCUGAUGUGAGAGCUCACAAUGAGCCCUAUGGUACACCAAAUUUAGAUAAGCUACAGCCCUGAGAAGCUUGCAGUCUUAA